AUGGCCCAAGCUCCAUCGUGCUUCUUUCGCGAGUCGACCGGCCACCAAAAUUCAGUGACCCUCACUAAAACCUCGGACACGCUUCCUUGGACACCACUUUACGCGACCGGACGCGAACCCGACACGCUUGGAAGACCUACCAAGAUGAAGUGCGCAAUCCACGUGAUGCCCUUGAAGCGUCCCUUGGGAUCCCUCAGCGCCACCCCAUUCAAUCGCCGAGCACCCGAGCCAUCGCACAAGUAUGCCGUCACGGCCGAGCUGGACGAGACGGUGCAGGACAUCGUCACCAAAGCCGAGGCGCAACUGCAGAAGCUCUAUGGCAUCGAUACGACCAUGACCUACUUCAAUCGCGUCAAGGACUCCGAGGGCUUGGAUAUCGCCAUGUCGAUGAAGCUGGGUGAGCUCAUGACGGAGAGCACACCGGCUGCUGAGCGGAGCUUUACUCUGUAUCAGGAUUGGUUGGAUAGUAAGGAUACCUUGCCUUCGGACUCGCCUUUGCGACCUGCGAUGUGCGACAAGCGGAAGUUUGACAAUCUCAGCGUGGCCGAGAAGCAGGCGUUCAAGGUGCUCAAGACGGCAUAUGAGAAGGAUGGCGAAGCUGUCUUCAUGCGUGCUGCCGAUGGUACACGGAAACCAAAUGAGGUGGAGACCAGGGUCAUAGAUUCACAAGCUUCACUCCCCACGCCGAGGAAUUCUAGUAUGCCUCCUCCGCCGACAUCUGCACAACGUCCUCCUCGAUCAUCACCACUCCAAUGUGCCCCACAAAGCAGCUAUGACGAGGAUCUCCUGCAGACUUUCUCGUCAAAUGAAGAAGUCGCCGCGGAGCUGGAAAGCGAACACAAUGCCUUCGAGAUCAUGAGCUCUCAGCAGCGACAACAGAUGCCACCUCCAAACUCCUCCCAACGAUCCUCAGCAUCCGUCCAACCACCAACCCAAACACCACAGCAACCGCCGCAAUCGUCUCAACGCUCGAAACCACCAGCAUCCGUCCGACCUCGUCGAAAAGCGGGACUAAUCCCCUCCACCGAAACCUCAACGCCAGACCUAUCCCGCCCCGGCCGCUCAGGCCAAACCUUCACCAAAGUCUGCUGGGAAGACGACGAAGACCGAAUCAUCGGCGCGGGCUUCGCAGCGGGCUUGACGGCCGAGAAGAUCCGGAAGAGGUAUGAUCUCAAUCGUACAGCGAGUGGGAUCCGAGCGAGAAAGCUUUUGCUGCAGAGGAGUCGGCCGGAGGUGUUUGUUAGGGGAGCGGAGUCUGAGGAGGGGGGUGCGAGGGGGUCUGGGAGUGGACGGGGGGUGGAGGUGAGGGAGGGGGAGGGGGAUGCGAUUGAGGACGAGGAGGAGGAGGAAGAUGCGUUCGAGCCUGUGCGGGAUAAAGUUGCUGAGGAGCAGGUCGCGGUCAAGGGGGAGGUAGCGGAGGAAGAGCACGAGGAGGAUGAGCCUGCGUGUGCCGGGCACGAGGUAGCUGAGCAAGCAGCAGAAGAAGAAGAAGAAGAAGUUCGUGAGAGCGACCAGGACGAUCCGGAUUCGGCGGUUGCGGACUUGGAUGUGGUGGAGAAGAGAGAGGAGGAUGAUGUUGAUGGUGAUGAAGUGGAGGAGAAGAAUGCUGUCCUUGUGCAUCCGGAAGUUGUUAUCCCGGUUGCUUUUUUAGGCCGACAGCGGGAUCUCGAAGAAGAGGUCGAGGAGGAGGAGGAGGAGGAGGAGGAGGAGGAAGAGAGGCACGACACAAAGACCUCGCCACCUCAGCUUGAUGUGAAAGAAGCGGCGAGCGAACAUGCAGUCGAAGCCGAAGCCGAAGAUGCAGAAGGAGAGGAAGAGGAAGACGGAAAUCACCACUCCGCCCACGAAACCCUCUCCUCCGAAGGUGCCGAAAACGACCUCAUCCGCCUCGCCGACCGCGAAGGAGUCCAAUACUAUAACGAACACGAUGGCCGCUUGCAACUCCUCCGCUACCUCCGUCCGGACAUGAAACCCGCCCGCAUCGUCUCCACCGUAAACCGCGUGUUUCGGCAUGCGGCGGAGGAGGUGCUGGAGUGGCAUGUGCGGUGGUUGACGAUCAAACGCGAUCUCCUCAAUGCUGAGAAGGGAUCUGAACUUGAAGCGGGACUUAUGAGGGGGUUGGAGACGAUGAUUUACUAUCGUGACCUGAGAAGGCCAGAUUACUUCGCGGAUGGGAGUUUGUUGCCGGAGACGGAGACGGGUGGGGGGGCGGUGGUGGUGCCGAGACGCGAGCCGUGGGAGGUUGUGCCUGAGAUUGGGUCGGGGAGGAUUGAGGAGGUCUUUGAGAUGGAUGAAGAGGUGGUCGGGGUGGGGGAUGAGAGUAUGGUUAGUGCUGCGAGUGGGGCGAGUGGGGUGAAGAUGUUGGGCCAGGAUGGCAGAGUGAGGAGUAAACGGGCACGAAGACAUGCGGCAGCUGCUGCACGGAGGAGGAGGGGGAGGAGGGAUAUCAGGAAUGGACGGGCGGAGGGGGGGUGA